UUUUUUACACCGUUGCCAAGUACCAAAAACACAGUCAGUGUUAUUUGUUUUCUUUCAUUUCUCUUUCUUUCUCCGUCGUUCACGACGUCGUUUACUCUCUUCAUCACCUUCUCCUUCACACUCUCCAAACCCAAAUUCUCACAUCACAUUCAUCACCAUAACCACAAUUCCUCCGAUCAGAUCCACCACCGUAACAACCUCCGGGAUCCAUCACCGGAUCCAAAACCUCCGUAACAACCAAUGGAGCAACUGAAAACAAUCGGUCGCGAACUGGCCAUGGGAUCACAAGGCGCGUUCGGUCAAUCAAAGGAGUUUCUCGACCUAAUCAAAUCAAUCGGUGAAUCUCGAUCCAAAGCCGAAGAAGACCGAAUCGUAAUCCGCGAAAUCGAAACCCUAAAACGCCGAAUCUCUGAACCAGAUAUCCCUAAACGCAAGAUGAAAGAGUAUAUCAUUCGUCUUCUCUACGUUGAAAUGCUCGGUCACGACGCUUCUUUCGGUUACAUUCACGCCGUUAAGAUGACUCACGAUGAUAAUCUUCCCUCAAAACGCACCGGUUAUCUCGCCGUUACUCUUUUCCUCAACGACGAUCAUGAUCUCAUUAUCUUAAUCGUUAAUACGAUUCAAAAGGAUCUUAAAUCUGAUAAUUAUCUUGUCGUUUGUGCUGCACUUAAUGCCGUUUGUAGAUUAAUCAACGAAGAAACUAUACCUGCCGUUUUGCCGUUAGUUGUUGAGCUUCUUUCGCAUGGGAAAGAAGCGGUUAGAAAGAAAGCAGUUAUGGCGCUUCAUAGCUUUCAUAGGAAAUCGUCUUCGUCGGUUUCGCAUCUUGUGGCGAAUUUUAGGAAGAGAUUGUGUGAUAAUGAUCCUGGUGUUAUGGGUGCUACUCUUUGUCCGUUGUUUGAUCUUAUAACCGAUGAUCCAAAUCCGUAUAAGGAUCUUGUUGUUAGUUUUGUUAGCAUUCUUAAACAGGUAGCUGAACAUAGGUUGCCUAAGAGCUAUGAUUAUCACCAGAUGCCGGCUCCAUUCGUUCAGAUUAAGUUGCUGAAAAUUCUUGCAUUGUUGGGGAGUGGCGACAAGAGUUCUAGCGAACACAUGUACACUGUUAUUGGCGAUAUAAUUAGGAAGGGUGAUUCAUCAAGUAACAUAGGGAAUGCUAUUCUUUAUGAGUCCAUUCGCUGUGUCUCUUCCAUAUAUCCCAAUCCCAAGUUGUUAGAAGCUGCUGCGGAUGUGAUUGCCAAGUUUUUGAAGAGUGAUAGUCAUAAUCUGAAAUACAUGGGUAUUGAUGCUCUCGGUCGAUUGAUCAAGUUAAGUCCGCUUAUUGCAGAACAACAUCAACUUGCCGUCAUUGACUGCUUAGAGGAUCCUGAUGAUACUUUGAAGCGAAAAACUUUUGAACUGCUAUACAAAAUGACCAAGUCUUCCAAUGUGGAAGUGAUCGUUGACCGUAUGAUUGAGUACAUGAUCAGCAUUAGUGACGAUCAUUAUAAAACCUAUAUAGCUUCUCGAUGUGUGGAACUUGCUGAGCAAUUUGCACCGAGUAAUCAUUGGUUUAUACAGACCAUGAAUAAAGUUUUUGAGCAUGCUGGAGAUCUUGUGAAUAUUAAGGUUGCACAUAAUUUAAUGCGGUUGAUUGCAGAAGGAUUUGGAGAGGACGAUGAUGCGGCAUAUAGUCAGCUGAGAUCGUCUGCUGUUGAGUCAUAUUUGCGCAUUAUUGGAGAGCCAAAGCUUCCAUCGGUGUUUCUUCAGGUUAUUUGUUGGGUUCUUGGGGAAUAUGGCACAGCUGAUGGAAAGCAUUCCGCUUCCUAUAUCACUGGGAAGUUAUGCGAUAUGGCAGAGGCAUAUUCUAAUGAUGAAAUUGUUAAGGCAUAUGCAAUAACAGCGCUGACAAAAAUUUACGCGUUUGAAAUAGCAGCUGGGAGGAAAGUGGAUAUGCUAUCUGAGUGUCAAUCUUUGGUUGAAGAAUUAUUAGCUUCCCACUCCACUGAUUUGCAGCAACGCGCAUAUGAAUUGCAAGCUGUUAUUGGUUUGGAUGCACGGGCUGUUGAAGCAAUAUUGCCACAUGAUGCCAGUUGUGAAGACAUUGAGGUGGAUAAGAAUCUGUCUUUCCUCAAUGAUUAUAUCCAGCAGGCUAUAGAAAGUGGGGCUAUGCCCUACAUUUCAGAGAACGAGCGCUCUGGAGCGGUAAGUGUGAGCAACUUCAGAAGCCAAGAUCAGCAAGAACCUGGACAGCAUGGUCUGAGAUUUGAGGCGUAUGAAGUUCCAAAGGCUCCUGUGCCAUCAAAAGUUACUCCAGUUUCACUAUCAUCCACGACUGACCUUGUUCCAGUAUCGGACUCAUUGUAUGCUAGGGAGACUCACCAGAUCACGUCAGUGGGAUUAUCAUCAGAUACAGGAUCAUCAGGGCUUAAGCUAAGGCUUGAUGGUGUUCAGAAGAAGUGGGGUAAGCCAGCUUAUUCAUCUCCAGCAUCAUCAUCCUCAAAUUCUACUGCCCAAAAUCCAGUUAAUGGCAUGACAAAGGUGGAUGUUGCAGCUAGUGUAAAUUCAAAAGUACGUGAUAGCUACGAUUCAAGAAAGCAACAGAAUGAAAUUGAUCCAGAAAAGCAGAAGCUUGCCGCUUCAUUGUUUGGCGGUUCUACUAAACCUGAGAGAAGAACAUCAACUAGCAGCAAGGUUCCAAAAGCUAAUGCUGGUGCUGCAGACAGAUCUCAGGAUUCAAAAGCUGCAAUUGUACCCAAUAAAGCAUCUGGGGAUAACUCUAAUCAACAACCUCCUCCACAAGAUUUGCUUGACUUGGGUGAACCAAAUGUUACUGUUGCACCUCCCACCGUGGACCCAUUCAUGCAACUAGAAGGACUUCUUGACCCAAGCAUUAGUUCUACAGUAAGUCAUAGUGACAGCGCUGUUACAAAUGCACCUGAUAUUAUGGGACUCUAUAGUGGGGCUACUUCUGGUGAACAAAGUGGUGGCGGCUAUAUCCCUGCAGGUGGAGAUCUUUUAUCCGGGUUGUCAAAUGCAGCAGCUGUCAGAGGCACCACGGGAGAAACAAUUCCAUCGCCCGUAUCACAAUCUGUUAAGGGUGCUAAUGCUAAAGAUUCUUUGGAGAAGGAUGCAAAAGUCAGGCAGAUGGGUGUGACCCCAACUGGCCAGAAUCCCAACUUGUUCAGAGACUUGCUUGGCUAAUCCGAUGAGAGGAAAGUUGUAAACCAUACUGGUGGAAUAUCUUGCGAGUUACCGCACAUGCAGUUUCCUGAGCCAAUUGGCUAUCUGAUAUAUGCACAAUUGAAUAAUAUACAUUGUGAUCUAGAAUGGAUGAUUGCAGCCACCAAGAAUUGGGUGAUUCCAUAUCCAGGAAUGAUGACUAAAACAGGCAAAUAUUUGUUUGUACUAGUUACAGAAUAGCUAUUGUAAGCUUUCCUCGUUGCAUUGUAUCCAGGUUUUGGUCAGGCCUAGCCUCUGAAGGAAGGGUACUGUUGUGCACGGUCAUUGCAUUUUACACUUUCUUUGGAAGUUCAAGAUCAUCUUUGUUGUUAUACCAAAACACUGUUUCUUUUGGUUCCAAUUUUUGUGCAUUUUUCCUCCUGUCUAUAUUUUUUUUUUCUUUCUUAUCAAUGAGAAGCUUGAUACUGCGGUCAUAGUCGUUUUGAUGUAUGACAUUUGUAAACGUGAAAAUUGUAGUGAUAAAUGAUGGUAGAGUCAUUCCUUUGUUGAAGACCAAUUUCUCUAUGAUUGAUGUUUUCAUUCUUCGGUCA